UGCUGCUGUGGCUGAACACUGAGCUGUGAGCUGUGAGCUGAGAGAGGAGAGAGGAGCCUGGGGGGCACAGCACCAUCUCCGGGCACCCUGGCACCCCUGCAGGCAUGAGGGAAGAAGGCUCGCAGGAUCCCCCGCUGACUUGAGAGAAAGAGAGAAGAGAUUACAGAGGAAUUCCACAUCUACAAUAGCAGCCGGAGAGCCAUGAGCAGUGCCUUGCUGGGGACUCGCCUCUCGGAUGAGACCAGCAGCUUUCGAGAAGACGCCCCUCGCCCGCCAGUGCCAGGAGAAGAAGGCCAGACGCCAUGCCAGUUCCCAAGAUCAAAGUGCGCGCCGCUUUCUGAUACCCCCCGGAGAAAUGAAGAUGGUUUGGGGGAGCCGGAAGGCAGCGCGUCCCCGGACUCUCCGCUGGCGCGGUGGAACAAGUCCUUGCAUUCCUUGCUGGGUGAUCAGGACGGCGCUCACCUUUUCCGGACUUUUUUGGAAAGGGAAAAAUGCGUGGAUACUUUAGACUUUUGGUUUGCCUGCAAUGGUUUCCGACAGAUGGACAUCAAGGACCCCAAAACGCUGAGGGUGGCCAAGGCCAUCCACAAACGCUACAUUGAGAACUGCGGCGUGGUGCCCAAGCAGCUGAAGCCCCCCACCAAAGUCUUCAUCCGGGACUCCGUCAAGAAGCAGCACAUCGAUUCCGCCAUGUUUGACCAAGCUCAGGCGGAGGUCCAGUCCAUGAUGGAGGACAACGCUUACCACAUGUUCCUCACCUCCGAUAUAUACCUCGAAUACGUCAGGACCGGAGGAGAGAACACGGGCCACUUCAACAACAUGGGACCCGGGAGCCUAAAACUGGUUAGCGGGUAUCUGCCCACGUUAAACGAGGAGGAAGAACUCAACUGUGUGGACCUAAAACACAAGGGCUCCCCAUCCUCUGUGGUGGCUCUGUCCAGCAAAUCUCUGAGGGCCACUGCCAAUUCCCGAGCCAAGGAGGCCGUGGACCACUGCUAUAGGGCGUACAAGAGAAGCGACCCCGUCAACCCGUACCACGUCGCCUCCGGAUUCGUCUUCGCCCCGGCCGCCAGCACCAAUGAGAGCGAAGUGUCCAGCGACGCCAUGACAGACGACUCCAUGUCCAUGACCGACAGCAGCGUGGACGGGAUUCCGCCGUAUCGAUCGGGCACCAAGAAGCAGCUGCAGCGGGAGAUGCACCGCAGUGCGAAGGCCAACGGCCAGGUGGCUCUACCUCACUUCCCAAGGACGCACCGGCCGCCCAGAGAGAUGACCCCCAUCGAGCCGGCCAUCUUCGCGGCGGAACUCAUCGCCCGGCUGGAGAAGGUUAGACAGGAACAAGAAACCAUGAACACGCUGGAGGAACGGCUGCAGAAGAUCAAAGAGGAAGAAGAACAAGAAGAAUGUGAAUCUCCCAACUGCUUCCAGCCCACCCAGGACGCCUCUGUCCCGUCCCACCAGCCUCCGGCUCUGGCAUCUUCUGCCCCCUGCGAGGAAGACCCUCAAGCCAUCCUAGACGACCACUUAUCCCGAGUCCUCAAGACGCCGGGCUGCCAGUCCCCAGGCAUAGGAAGGUCCCGUUCUCCUGACCGUUCUCGCCUCCUACGGCCUUCGCUACCAACCGCAGCACUUUCCGCACCCUGUCCCCUACUGGCCAAGAGCUUCGUCACCAAGCAGACCACCAAACACAUCCAUCACCACUACAUCCACCACCACACCAUGCUGAAGACCAAGGAAGAGAUCGAGGCGGAGGCUGCUCGCAGGGUGCACUGCCUGUGUGCCGGGUCCAAUGACUACUGCUCCUAUGUGAGGAACCGUGCGAACGCCAAGGGUGUGGACCUGUCCCUGCUACAUGUGGAAAGCACAGGCAGUCGGGCCGGAACCUUAUCUAGAAGGAACUGCAAGACCAUGUCAGAAUAUUCAGUGGAGGGCAUAGACGGCGCAACCAUUAUAUGCCAACUGCCAAUGGAAGGACACGUACCACCAACGUGGCAGCGGGUGGUGGAGUCCGAGAUGGAGCGACAGUGCAAACACAGAUCUCACAGUGCUCAGAGCACCAAGAGGAGCGCGGCGGCCUGUGAGACCCCUCGAGCGUCCUCGGCGGAGAGGCCGGCACGCCAUCAGCAGUGGCUCAACGGAGUCGGCCACCCUCGGCCGUCCUCGCAUCCUCUGGUCCAGGACUUGGCCGUGGCGUCGCCCAGCACUCUGGCUCAGCUAGAAGAGGCCUGCCGAAGGCUGGCGGAGGUCUCCAGACCUUCAAAGCAAAGGUGCCCAUCCAGCAGUCACCAGCGGAGUCACUCGGUGCCUUGCCAGCCGGGAACUUCCACCCCCCAGCAUGAAGAGCAAAAAGAACCAAAGAGACAGCCGGCCGCCCCUCCCCCCGGAGAGCUGACGGUGACAUAUUUCUUCUGUGGGGAGGAGAUCCCGUACCGGCGGAUGCUGAAAACGCACAGCCUGACGCUGGGCCACUUCAAAGAGCAGCUCAGCAAAAAAGGAAAUUAUAGGUAUUACUUUAAGAAGGCCAGCCAGGAAUUUGAGUGCGGCGCGGUCUUCGAGGAGAUCCGCGAUGACAACGCCUUCCUCCCCACCUACGAGGGCAGAGUGCUGGGUAAGGUGGAGCGCAUCGACUGACGUCCCUGGUCAUGUGUCCUGAUCCGCGGCCCAGCGGGAAGAGCAGAGCAUGAAGGCCAAUGCAUCUGGUGAAGAGAAGAGACUUUACCAUGGUGGACCAGGAAGCGCGAUGGAUCUGUGAAGAUAAAAUGUACUUUCGGUUUAUUUAUUGUAUGGGAAGAGAGAACCACUAUGAGCACCGCCUGUAAAACCGCGGAGGAGCUCCUGGAAAACGCCGGCGGGCGGACGGAGAGGCAUACAGCAUCGUGUUUGAUAUUUAUUGACCUGGCGGAGCUUGCUGUGACCUUUUUGCUGCUUAUUGAUCGGGAGAGACUGUGGCGCUCCACCAUGAUCUGCUCUGAUGUCGGGUGGGAGGCAAUCGCUGCUCCUGGUGCUUCCAUUGAUGGGGGCUCGUCACACUGGUGAGCACUGAAGCUCUUGCCUGUUCCUGUGUUGUCGCUCCCUCAUGGCGAUUAGGCUGCGUUUUCGGCCAUCUUGUUGGAGGAAGUGACACUGUAGGAGCAGACGAGCGCUCUCUGCCGCCAGUUUGAUAUUAUUGCAUGCGGCUGCGGGGGGGUUGUUGGAAGGUUGACCUUCAGUACCUUAGAACUUCAUUUCAAGGGGCAUAUAAUCCUUCCACAACCUCCUAUCCGUACAGUGGCCGUAUAAAAGAAAGGAGGGGCUAGUAGCUGUUUGUAAGAAAGGAGAGGCUGAGCUCCAACGGGAGGGGCUUAGCUGGGUGUGGCUCUAUUGGUGGUGAAGGGUAAAGGACAUCCGGAAUGUGACCGGUCCAGGAGUAGCGUUGCCUUCCUGCCCCUCUGGCGCUUUCUAAGCUAAACAAUUGAACUCAAUGCACGAGACUUUGUUAGGACUGAACAGUGUGGAAUGGCCCAAUCAUGCGCCACCGUUCUGCCGGGAAUUUCAUGCUGCUUUGUGAAACAUUGGCGAAUUCUUUUGCGGCACUUUGCCACGGUGUCGCUGUGCCUUUUCUGUUUUCCUUUGUCGUCUCCUUUAAUUUAUUCCCCUGUCCCAUUACCAGCCCCCCCCCCCACGUCGUGUCACCUGACCAAAUACUCCAGUGUUUUAAUUUAUUUUCCGGUUGGGUCACGGCACAAAUGGAUUUUUCAAGACUUUCCCUUUGCAGACUCCAAAUGUAAUUGAGCGUGGAUUGUGCACCAGGGGUGCCGGCUGUCCUAGAGACCUGUGUUAUAUGACUGCAAUGGUGUAUCUUUUGGGUUCAGGAUAGCGCUAUAAUAUGGGUGACACCUCACCCUCCUGCCUGGCCUCAGAACCCCUGGAAGCUCCAAUGCCCAAACAUUUCACCAGUCAUGGCUACUUUGAGACCUCCACCAUCCCCAAUGGGCAAAACCUCAACCUCUUGCCUGGCCUUGGCACCCCUGGAAGCUCCAAUGCUCAAUUACUUUACCAGUCAUGGCCACCUUGAGACCUCCACCAUCCCCAAUGCGUGAAACCUCAACCUCUUGCCUGGCCUCAGCAUCCCUGGAAGCUCCAAUGCCCAGUCAUGGCCACCUUAGACCUCCAACAUGCCUAAUGGGUGAAACCUCAACCUCUUGCCUGGCCUCAGAUCCCCUGGAAGCUCCAAUGCUCAAUUACUUCACCAGUCAUGGCCACCUUGAAACCUCCACCAGCCCCAAUGGGUGACACCUCACCCUCCUGCCUGGCCUCAGCACCCCUGGAAGCUCCCAUGGUUGUCAACUGUCAGUAAAUUCAUGGACAGUUGGUGAAAUCUGUUCUUCUAACAAAAUGACCAUGAAUUCUCUGACAGUUGGCAACCCUGGCUCCAACGUCCAGUCAUGGCCACCUUGACACCCCCACCAUCCCUGAUGGGUGACACCAGUGGGAAGUCUUUGUAAAUGGUCAGAGACAUUUUCUGGUUCCUUUUGGGGACGCUGUAAACAGAGGUGUCCCCAGCAAUGGUGACAUGACCUUUGACCUUUAGACACAGACCCCCCUAUGAUGUCAUCAGUAGAAACCUUUACUCAGAGGGGGGCCGCCUUUGCUGACCUCUUGUCAAUGGCUUCAACAUCCAACAGCUGAAGUUCUGACAUCCAGGUCAUGGACUCUCCACCAUUUUCAGGAGGUCAGCGUUGGCCGCCAUCGUCUUCCUCUCAGAAAAGGUUUCUUCUAAAGGUGGAUCUGUCAUGCAGUAGUGAGGGAUUUGUUCCUCAGCCAAUGACUGGGCCAAGGUUUGAGGCCCUUCAUGUCUCCCAGAACAUGGUUUCUCCCCCUCUAGGUGUACACACAUCAUAUUAGACCCCCCUGCCCCCCAAGGACCCCUUCUGGGGUAGUCCGCCUGUAUGAUAUGUGUGUAGAUAUUGCCCCCCGUGUACAGUCCGGUAUCCGUGCCUGGUGGUGAGCGAUCACCGUUUAUAGAUAUUACCCCCUCAUCGGCAGGGUCAGAAUCUCCCCUUCUUCUGCGAGGGGUUAUUGUAUAUCAUAUAUAUAUAUAUAUAUAUAUAAAUAAAUAGAAUAUAUGCCUCUUUUCAUAUGUAAUUCCAGCUCUCGGCGGCCUGUGCAGCGUAUGGUGUAAAUGGUACCGGAACUAUUCUGAUGAAGAGAUGUAGCAUUUAUUAAAAGUUUUCUAUUUUUCAAAUCGA